AUGUCGAACUUCCUGAACCAGGACUUCGGGUCCGACGAUGAGGAGGAUGACUUCAACCCAGUCCACCAGGAUGACUCCGAUGCCGAAGAGCCCACUUCUAAGCCGGCGAAGAGAGAGACAUCGGCCGACGCGGCUCCUGCGAAGUACGGACGCGAUGCGCACGAGGAGGAAGACAACAAGGAUGCCGAUGAGGAAGAGGAGAAUGAUGACGACGACGAGGAAGACGAAGAAGAGGAAGAAGACGAGGAUGAUGCUGUGCAGGGUCCUCGGAAAAAGCAGAAGCGCGUUGUCAACCCUUUCAUUGAAGAUGAAGCUGGUGUCGACGAUGAAGAAGACGAGGGCGAUGACGAGGAGGACGAGCUCGCUGAAUAUGGCAUGGAAACACACCCGGACGAUCUCGAUGCGUUACCUCAAGGCACGGAAACAGACGACCGCCGCCAUAGGCAGCUCGAUCGCCAGCGCGAAAUCGACGCAAGCAUGGACGCAGAGAAGCAGGCUCAGAUGCUCAAAGAACGAUAUGGACGAAACCGCGCCGCCGCUUCCGACUCCCUCGUGGUCCCAAAACGACUUUUGCUCCCUAGUGUCGAGGAUCCUAGCAUUUGGGGUGGUCGCUGCAAACCCGGAAAAGAGAAGGAUGUCGUGUAUUCUAUCCAGCAGAGGAUCGAGCAGCGACCAGCAAACUCCCGCAAUCCUAUUCGCAUCAUCUCCGCAUUCGAGCGCGGAAACAUCAUGCAGGGAUGGUUCUACUGUGAAGCCCGCCGACAGGCUGAUGUUGUCGAGGGCCUGGACGCUAUCAACUUCUACUAUCCAUCGCAGAAGCUUACUUUGGUUCCCGUGAAGGAGAUGCCGGACCUUCUCCGGGUCCAGAAAUCCGAAGAACUUUUGCCUGGAGGUUGGAUCCGCAUCAAGCGUGGUAAAUAUAUGAACGAUUUGGCCCAAAUCGAAGAGGUUGAAACAAACGGAUUGAAUGUCACUGUUCGACUGGUCCCUCGACUGGACUAUGGAAUGAACGAUGAUGCCCUCGGUGCUCCUGCUGAUGCUAAGCGCAAGCGUGGUGCCGCCAGCACCGUCCGCCCGCCUCAACGUCUCUUCAGCGAAACCGAAGCCAAAAAGAAGCACGCGAAGUACCUUUCGUCCACUUCUGGUCUCGGCGGAAAGUCAUGGAACUACCUGAACGACAACUACGUGGAUGGUUUCCUCAUUAAGGACAUGCGCGUGCAACACCUCAGUGCCAAGAACGUCAACCCCAGACUAGAGGAAGUGACCAUGUUCGCACGUGGAGGAGAAGACGGAACUGCCAACCUGGAUCUGGCAUCCCUGGCGGAGACUUUGAAGAACUCCACAGCCGAGGACUCGUACCAGCCUGGUGACCCCGUGGAGGUCUACCGGGGUGAACAGCAGGGUCUGAUUGGUCGCACAGUGUCUACUCGAGGUGACAUUGUCUCCUUGCAAGUCACCGAGGGUGAUUUGGCGGGUCAGACUAUCGAUGCGCCUGUCCGAACUCUCCGCAAACGCUUCCGCGAGGGUGAUCACGUCAAGGUCAUCGGUGGAAGUCGGUACCAGAACGAACUUGGUAUGGUCGUUCAGGUCAAGGAUGACACUGUCACUUUGCUCAGUGAUAUGAGCAUGCAAGAAAUCACUAUCUUCAGUAAGGAUCUACGGCUCUCAGCCGAGAUGGCCGCCGAUGGCCAACUUGGUAUUUACGAUGUGCAUGACCUCGUUCAGCUUGAUGCCGCGACUGUUGCUUGUGUGAUCAAGGUGGACCGAGAGUCUCUUCGUGUUAUCGACCAGAACGGUUCCAUUCGCAACAUCCUGCCCACACAGAUCGCCAACAAGAUCGUACCUCGUCGUGAUGCUGUCGCUACUGACCGCAAUGGUGCGGAGAUUCGCGCCGCCGAUACUGUCCGGGAAGUCUAUGGAGAGCAGCGAAGCGGUGUCAUCCGUCAUAUCCACCGUUCAUUCCUUUUCCUGCACAACAAGGCACAAGCAGAGAACGCCGGUAUCUCUGUGGUCCGAACCACUAAUGUUGUUACCGUGUCAGCGCGAGGUGGUCGAUCCACUGGCCCUGAUCUGACCAAGAUGAACCCUGCCCUGGCGAUGCAAACUCCCGGCGGUGCUGCUGCUAUGCCUCCGCCUCGCCGUGGUCGUGACCAGCUGAUCGGCAAAACUGUCACUAUUCGCAAGGGUCGAUUCAAGGGCCUUGUCGGCAUUGUCCGCGAUGCUGAUGACAACUCCGCUCAGGUCGAGCUUUACACAUCUAACAAGCCCGUUCACAUCCCGCGAGAUGUGCUGACACCUAAAGACCCCGUUUCCAAACAGCCCCUCUCUAUGGGCCGAGGAAGAGGCGGAGGUGCAGCUGGUCGCACUCCAUUUGGUUCCGGUGGUCCCCCAAGAGACAGCUGGUCUGGUGGUCGAACCCCCAUGGCUGGUGGUGACUCUUCCAGAACGCCCGCAUGGGGCGGUGCCAACUCAUCGAGAACCCCCGCAUGGGGCGGCGUCAGCGGCUCCCGCACUCCAGCCUGGAAGAACGACGGCUCCCGCACCUCGAACCCCUACGCCGAUGGCUCUCGCACCGCCUACGGUGGAAUCGGCAACCGCACACCCGCCUGGAACUCCGGCUCCAAGACCCCCUACGACUCCAGCUCCGGCUUCGAUGCCUUCGCCUCCGGGUCUCGCACACCCGCCUGGGGAGGUGCGACUAACACAAACACUGGCAACCGCACCCCAGCCUGGGGCGGUCUAUCCAGUAGCCGAGACCAACGUGAUUUCGACGACGCCCCCACCCCCGGCGGUGGCUACUCUGCUCCUACCCCUGGUGCUUAUGCAGCCCCAACCCCUGGCGCACCCACACCCGGCGGUUGGCCCGAGAGUGCCCCCACUCCUGGAGCUUUCAGCGCGCCGACUCCUGGUGGUCCCACUCCUGCGGCCUAUGAUGCUCCAACUCCGGCUAUGGGUGGCUCGGCUGCUACGCCUGGUGCUUAUGGUGGUAAUGAUGGUGGUCCUCGGUACGAUGAUAGCCCGAGUCCUUGA